AUGACUGGGGAUCUUGAAAAGUCGAGGCGUCUCUACCAAACGCUGUUGCUUCCAGAUUUUAGCAGCGUUGAGGAGGUGCGACAGGCCUACAAGUCGUUAGCUCUCAAGUACCACCCGGAUAAAAAUCUUGCUGACCCGUCAGCGGCGGAGAAAUUUCGUGAUGUUCGCGUGGCAUACGAGAUACUCUCAAACGUAGAGCGCAAGCAAAAAUAUGACUGCACCCUUCGUAUGUAUCAGCCACUGGGCGCCAAUUCCUUUACCCCAGGAAUACGCACGCCACGGGCUGGAUGCCCCGCCGAUGCUGGGUACAACCCUUACAUGCCGACUGGGAACACAACGAGUAGCAUCUACGAGGAGCUGAAUUCGUACGCUGCACGAAGAGCGGGAAAGCAACAACGACGGUCCUUCUCCGCUGCCUCCUCGCCGGAGGACCGGGCUUCGCAGUAUACAAAGGAGCAACAAGAGUUUUUUAAAAAACGGGAAAAGGAGCAUAGGGCGAAGCUUCAAAAACGUCUAGCGCAAGAGCGAAAAGAACAGAUUGCACGAGAUUUAGAGGCUUUGCGUCGGGAACAAGAAAGACGUGAAGAAACCCAACAACGCUCACGACAGCUUCGGCCAGGGAAUGAGGCUCGUCGAGCAUGCGCAUCUGUCGGAUCUCGACGUGCCUCUCCUUUUCCCCGUGUUCCCAUGGAAAACCUGUCGCAUGUGGGGACAAGCAAGGAGCUUCCCAAGGUUUUUUCUGCACGUGUUCCUCAUUCACCUGGAGGCUUCUCGGACAUGGCGCGCCCUCUCCAGUCGCCGCGGCCCCCACGUCCGUUGUUUGACGCAGAGGCAGAUAGAGCGGAGCGUGUGCGUCGUGAGAAGGAGCGACAAGCCGAGGUGCGGCGGGCAGAGCAGGAAAAAUAUAUGGAUCGAUUGAUUAGACAACGUAUGCGGGAAACACGUAUGAAGGAGCGAGAGUUGGAGGAGGCGGAACGGCGAGAACGAGAAAAUAAACAGCAGGUGCUAAUGCUAGAUGAAAAAAGUGUACGAGAGCAAGUUAUUGAGGCGCAGGAGCAAAUAGAACGCCGAAGACUAUGGCGGCAAUACAAAUUGCAAGUACGAUGGCAUGUAUUACAGCUACGUCUUCGUCAGAUUUCAGGAAAAGAGACAAUUGGUAGAAUAUUGAUCCAGUCUUGGGAAGAGGAACAAUUUGAGUUGUUAUGUUUACAAAGGAAGGAAUCUUGGGGGCGUACGGGGUGUCAAAUGGAUGAGGAUUUGGCAUGGAACGAUUUUCUAUUAUAUCAUGUGAGAAUACAAGAGGUAAUAUUUGCACAGAAACAAUGUAAAUUAAUAUCUGCACAGUCCAUGGAAUUUGAGGCAGUUUGUUCCGCAGAGGCCGUGGCAUUUGCGAUUCUUGAGGUCCAGCGACAGGAAAGUGUGAGUCGACUCCAGUUAAUGAAGGAUUCGCUUGAAUGUUAUCUUGAGUGUUAUAGAACCCGUCACGAAUUUUCGGAGCAGGAAUUGAUGAGAAACGCGUUGAUUGAUGAGCGAGGCAUUGUCAUCAAGGAGGAGGCGUUGGACCGUGCGUUUUUGUUUACUGCUAUGCAGGAGUGGAGGGGUCGUUGCGCCUUGGAAGAAGAAGAAGAAGAUGCGAUUCUGGAGAUUAUACAACAACGUGCAUCGGAGCGACAAGGGCAACAUCUCAGGGAAGUGGAGCAGGCGCGACUGUUGGAGCGGCAGUCACAAGUGACUACUAUUGCAGCUUUACAGGCUGAAGUACGGCGUUUGCGGCAAGAUAUGUAUUUCACCUCGGCGGUUCCGCCGAGUAGAGAAGAAGAGAGCUUUGCUUUGAGUUUGCCGCACAAUUCUGAGUUGUUGAGGGAUGCUACCAUGGAUACGCCACCAAAAAGCAUUGAAUAUUUUCCGUGGUGGUUUGUACGACAAAAAGAUCACCACGGACAACAGUGA